ACUGUAGCCACAAUUGACAUUUACAUAUUCAGUUGGUCAGCCGAAGGGUAAUUGUACCGUAACUGAGGCGGAUUUUCACAAUUCAUUAAAAAAAGAAAGCAUCGAAAGAGAAGGAUUACACAGUGAACAAGGAUGAAUAGAUUCGUAGUUGUGGUUUUGGCCGUGGCCAUAACGGCUUCGGGAGCUUUGGCUCAUGCCAAUCAGAUGCCUCAAUCAGCCACCGAUUUGGCUUUUGAUAUGUAUCGUUCAUGUUUGAAGGAUUUCAGUACCAGCUGCGUCAAACCCAAGGCCAUGCAAUGGUUCAACGAAGCUUUGAAUAAAGAUGAAAUUAUGAUUACAGAUAAAUUAUCGGUUGUUCGUACCGGCAGAAUUGUCGGAAACAACCAGCAGCGUGCCAUGGACCCACAAGAGAGAAUGUUCCAAGAAAUUGAUAAUUUCUUGGCCACACAUUCGUUGCGCAUCAAGGCUCCUGAAUUCUUCCAAUCGGCUGAGGCCCGCUCUUACGUUCCAGACUUUUUGAUGAACAAUGCUCUGACCAAGGGUGCUAUUGUACCAUUGGCUGAUCGUGAUGCUGAAGGUCGUGGUAUGAUCAAGAAGGCUGUCCUUCCCUUCUUGUUGGGUCUUAAGUUGAAGACCACCGUUUUGGUGCCCAUUGCUCUUGCCCUGAUUGCCUUGAAGACCUGGAAAGCCAUGACAUUGGGUCUGUUGUCUUUGGUCUUGUCCGGUGCCUUGGUUGUUUUCAAAAUUGCCAAGCCCAAGAUUGUCAACUAUGAAGUUGUCCACUACCCCCAUCAUCAUGAACACAUCGAACACGUACCCCAUCACUAUGAACAUGUUGAACACAUUGUACCCCACCAUGUGGAACAUAUUGUGCCCCACCACUUGGAUCACCACUUAGAUCAUCAUUCCAUUGAACAUCACUUGGAAUUGCCCCAUCAUGUUGAACAUGUUGAGCACAUCGAGCAUGCUGCCCCCGCCUGGGAUCCACAUGCCUGGGCCCGUUCAUCUCAGGAAAGUCACGGUGACGCCCAAGAUAUAGCUUUUGCUGGACAAAAGAAACGUUAAGUUCUCCACACAGCAGCUGUGUAGGCUAACGUAACGCCGACACCGACAUCACCACCACCAACACCUUAGAUAAUGACGAUGACAACGACCAGACGAAGCCUCAUUUCAUUGAUAUCUGAUGAAAAAAAGUGUUAAUUUAUUUAUUUAUUGCAUUUAGUUUUUAGGUAUUGAAAUUAUGCAAAUUUCCAAAGAUUUGUUUCGGAAAACACGAACCAACCAGUCGUGUAGAAUAUUGUAGAGCAGUUGUACAAAGUGACAUGCAUUAUUUAUUUUUGUAAAUAGUUAUUUAUUUUUUUAUAUGUUCAUAAAAUGAAUCGCAAAAAAAAAGAAAAGCAAAUUUGAAAAAAUUAUUAAAA